AUGGCAGUCAUUCGCCCCAUGAACCCUCACCUGCUCGCUGCUUCUAGGAGAGACACUGGGGACAACAGCCGGUUCCGCUUCCUCUACGUAGUGGGAGUGGGUCUUGCGCUCUAUCUCAUGCUUGCCAUGACGCUGCAGGAAACCCUGUCCCUCUCCCGCCCGUAUCGGCUUGUUUCCAUGGCUGGAAUGUUGCUGCUGCUCGGCCUCCCCAUCUCCCUCCCGUGGGUCAAGGCAGGCAGCCCCGUGGGCUCCAAGCUGCCUCUCCACUCGCCCCACGAGUACCUCGACCAGCUGUCUUCCUCCACCACCUCCUUUAGCUUCAAGCCCUCUGCCACACGCAUGGAUCAUUCCUCACUCCCUGAUGACAACGACACCACUGGAAGCGAGUCCACACCCGCCUCUCACAGCACUGUGGGGCGGGCGAGCGACUGGGAGGGGAGUCCCAGGGGGCGUGGGGGAGCAGCACUGGGGCAGGACGGCUCUGGCAACAGCACUGGCGGCAGCAGCAGUAUGGCAGGGAGUGACAUGGGAGGGCGUGUGGAGGGGAAUGGCAGCGGUGUGGGUGGGUGUUGGGAAGGCGAGAAGGAGGGGAAGAGCCUGGAGGUUGAGGGGAGGAGCAGCCGUGGUGGAGGGAUGGAGGGGGGCCGGGGACAGCUAGUGAGUGCCCCGCGCGUGGGUAUGGAUCACACGCUGCUGCAGGCUGCUGUCACUCCCGAGUACUGGCUGCUGUUCUUCGCCAUGGGUUGCGGCACGGGGUCAGGUCUCACUGCCAUCAACAACCUGGCGCAGGUGGCGGAGUCGCUGGGCUCUGCAAGCGUGGGUGCGCUGGUUGCUCUCGUCAGCAUCUGGAACUUUCUAGGAAGGAUGGCUGCAGGGUACGUGUCAGAGCAGUGUUUGAAGCGCUGGUGCACGCCACGCCCGCUCUGCAUGCUGCUCGUGCAGGCCGCCAUGGGGUGCGCUCAUCUACUCUUCAGCAUCGGGGACCCUCUGUUGCUCUACCCAGCAGCAGCGCUGGUGGGCGCAGCACACGGGGCGCACUGGACGCUGAUGGUCACCACUGCAUCGGAGCUGUUCGGGUUAAAACACUUUGGGGCGCUCUACAAUACACUCAGUAUAUCAUCCACAGUGGGCUCAUACUGCCUCUCUGUCAAGCUCGCCGGCUACAUCUACGACCGUCAAUCCGCCAUCCAACGGUCAGCCUUGCUCCACCUGCAAGGCCUCUCCUCCGCCUCCCCCUCCGUCUCUCCACCCACAAUCGCCGCCAUUGCCAACUGGGGCACAGAGGCAGCAGCAACAGCGGGGCAAGUAGGGGCAGCAGAGGCACAACUAGUCCUGGAAGAUUCACAGCUAGCGGAGGCAUCGCAACUGCCCCACCGGUGCAUGGGGCCAGACUGCUUCCGCCUCACCUUCCUCGUCAUGGCCCUCGUGUGCGCUGCUGGCAUCUGUUCUCUUCUCAACCUCGUGUCCCGAACAAGACGCCUGUACCAGGAGUUCCAUAAAGUGCAGAGAAGCUGA